ACCUUGCUGUAUGUCUCACCAUGUCCCCGGGGGCAUGCUCACGCAGUCCCAAUCACAUUUAUUCUUUCUUUCUAGUCUGCCACCCCUGCCCUUGCGAUUCUUCCAUUCCCCCAUCUGCUGCCACCAGCGAGAAACACUUUAUUGACCGAUGAGAGUUUUACUUUAUUUCUCUUUAUCAAAUUGUUGAAAAAUGAAAGUUAUUUGUUGUAAGCAUGCUUGGAGGGAACAUUCUACAUGCAUCUUGCUUUUGAAAAACACAGCCACCUGUGUAGUAAACUUAUAAUAGAAAAUGGCAGUGACAGCUGAGAAUGUGUUCCUGCAGGUCGGGGAACCAGGUCCUAACACCAGCUCACCAAUACCAAACAGUGUUACCCUGAAUACAUUUCUUUGCAUCUCUGAGUCUGCUUUCUCACCUGUAGGAUGUUGGCUUGGAUGAGCCUUAAACUCCUUUCCAACUACUAAGACAUGAUUAGAAUAUUUUUUGCUUAAAAAAAUUAAGGAUAAGAAGACCACAUCUCUUUUUCUUUUCCUGUCUUAAUGGAUCUUACGUGGUAUUUGAAUGACAUUUAGUUUACUAUGCAAGAUUAUAGACAUAGUCAGCUUGAAGGAUUGGUUUGAAUCAGAGUUUAGGAAGUAGCUUCCUGGAUGUGAACCUAAACUAACCCAAGUCAGCACAUGCUUAUGUAAAGGGUACGUCUGUACUCUUAGUUAUGCCUGCCUGUCACCUUGGGAAGUACCUUUUUCUUAACUAUUCCAUUUGAAAACAGAGCUCAAGAUUGUUGUUUGUUACUUUUAGAGUGAUAGCAAUUUCGAGUUGAAUUUUAUAGAUUUGCAAAUGUACUUUCAUUUAUUCAUUCAGAGGUGUUUGUGAAUAUUUUCAUGGUUACUAUCCUAGCUUCAGGGGCUAAAAUAACGAGCCCCACUGGCAGCUCUGGCAGAGGAUGCAGACCUCAAAUAGGAAAUGAUGUUAUGGGGUGAACACUCUGAUGGAAUACUCAGGGAGCUCUAGAGCACAUAGCAGGGCAGCUUGCUGAGGCUGGGCAGGAUCAGGGAAGGGCUUCCUGGAGGAGGUGAUGUCCAGAAGCCUGAAGAAUCAAUAGGGGUUAGAAGAAGAGCAGCACAUGCAAGGACAUGAGAGUCAGGGUGGGGAGCGUUUGGUGCAUUUGCUACAGGGAGAGAGGAGGCCAUGGAUGGAAGGAAGCCAGACCUGUCAGAGAGGCUGAUGAAUUAACCCAAGAAGAUGCUAGCCUGAGCUGGGGUGUGGUGGAGGUAGAUGGAUGACAGGGAGAUUUGGGAAGACCAGUGUACAGAACUGAACUGAGGGAUUGAAUGCCAGAGGUGCUAGGGGGUGUGCAUAGAGGGAGGGGGUUUAAGGAUGACCAGCAAGUUUCUGGUUUAGGCAGUUGGGUAGGUAUUCAUUCUGCUCCCUGAAAUAGCAAACGAGCAGGAGGAGGAGGAGUUUGAAAUGUCAUUGCAGCAUCAGAACAGAGAAAUCCAGUAAACACAAGAGGUGCACAGGGACUCUCAGCUGAAAAAACAGCAUGGGAAACCUCCCUGGAAGGAUGGUCGGCAGAGACAGGGAAGUGGGUGAGGUCACACAGGAGGAGUGUGUGGAUAAGAGGAACACGACUAGAACAAGCCCAGUGGAAUGUCGCCCUUUACAGGAGCCAGGAGCCACUGGGUCAGUUGCUCAGAUAAUUGAUUGAGCAUGUUUGAUGCGCACACAGUCUGCCAAGUAUUGUAAAAAAUGUCUCGGGGAACAAGGCAGACACAGUCGCCAUCCUCAUGAAACUUUCACUCUAGUAAUGUCCCAGGAACCAGAGGAAAUGAACUCCCCAGCGUCAGAUGCUUCUGCGAGGCCAGGUAGGAUAAGGACGAAGAGUUGUCUGGUCGGUGAGGGUGGGUGGGGGCCAGAGCCAGAUUGUAGCAGGUGAGGAGGAGAGAAGGAAAUGGUGGAAGCUUCUUUGACCAUUUGCCCUUGUACUAUGCAUCAGUGAAUGUACAUUCUGAGAACUCAACCUUCAUGUAAACCCCUUCUGAGGCACCAGCUUUGGCCAGAAGAGGCAGAAACGGUGACUGUCGACUUCCAUGCUGCCAUGAGUAAAUGUUUCUCCAGGUGCUGAAGACUCAGCAGGUCUUUAGCCGAUGAGAAGCUCAGAGGCUAAAUUUUAUUCAGAUUUUCUCCUCAGAGGAAAUACCAGAGUGUGUACAGAGCCACACAUACUCUUCAGCAUCACACAACAGGCCAGCCCCUGAGUGAGAUCUGUGGACAGGAUGAUUAUCACCACCCCAUAUUGGAGGCUCCAUUUUUACUUUCUUCGCAAGUUCCUUGGGACUGCCACUAGCAGGGUUUUUUCCUUCAUUCAUUUUUAUUUAUUCAGGUGCAGUCAACAAAAGCUUGGUCUGCUGUGACAGUAAACACUGCCAACAAGGACGGUUACAGCUAAUGGUGUGGUUGCUGCUGAAGCCUAAAUUAGAAAACAAGGGUACACAGAAAGGAAAGCCACAUGUAUUUCACUUCCUGUAGCUGUAACGGUUCCUGCGAAGCAGGACAUUAAUUUACCUAUCUUCCUUUCCCCUAUAGGACUUAACAUACUUUCCAGAAAGCCAUGGAAUGAACCACAGAUCACUGCCCUCCUCACCAAAAAAUGUUUAGCCCCUUUAUGGGUAUAGCUUUUUAUGAAGAGAGAAUGUAGAAUUUGUUUGAAUGAGAACUCAUCUCUCUAGGACUCUGCUAGGAUGCUUGUUGUAUCCUGAAUCUAAUAUGACAUGUAGCCAUCAUUCCUUAAGACAUCUCCCUAGGAGGUGGGCUUUAAGAAAGGAAUAACUGGCACUGGUUGGGUGCAAACUGUAUGCCAGACCGUUUUAAAUUUUACAUGAAUUAUGUCCUGAAACCCUUAGAGUCACCAGAUGAGAUCAGUGCUGUUGUUACUUCCAGUGGAUGAAGCUGCUUUACUGACAGGUUUAGGAACUUCAUCCAGGGUCCUACAGUCAGGAAUUGACAGCGCCAGGGUUUGAACCUGCAGUCCCCAGCCCCAGAGUGCACAUUUCUAACCACAGUGCCACACUGAAUGUUUGGGAGUUCAUCUCUCUCCUUUCCUUGAAGGGAGUAUUAUCAAAAAGUCAUAUUAAUCCCAUUAAUUGUGAAAAUGAAUGAGGAAAAACUUACUACACUGACAAAAAACAUUGUUUCAGAGUUAAAUAUCGUGCUAAGACAGUUGAUUCUAAAACAAGACUUUUUUUCCUAAAAUAGUAAGAUAUUUGGUUUCAUACGUUGUUGGCAGAACAACCAAUUUGUAUUUCUUCUAUUUGAAGAGCUUGGACAUUUUUGUUCAUAUUUUCAAAUACACAUAUUUGUGUAACUUGUACAUAGAAUGCAGUCUUUAUUACUGUUUUAUGCGGUGCAAACAUUAGAAUUGUCUGCACUGUUGCCCUGAGGAAGAAUUCAGUGCCCCAGCCUUCUUUUUGCAGUUGAGGUUUAUGAUAGCUCUUCUUCCAGCAGACAGAGGCUGUGUAAAGCUUCCUGACCCACCCUUCUGUGUUGGAAAUGCUCACUUGGGAAGAGGGAGAGGAAAUAGCUGGAAGACAUGUUAUGUCAAAGUAAUAGAAAUUCGUAAAUGUUGGCGAGUGUGCCUGCCUUGACAGUAGGGUAGAAAUUAAAAUGUACCUUCAUUCAUGUACAGUAAAAGGGCAAGUGGCCAAAGAAACCUCUGCCAUUUCCUUUUCUCCUCCUCACUUCAUCACCUGCUGCGGUCUGGCUUUGGCUCCCACCCAUCCUCACGGACCUCGGACCUUGUCCCCAGCGAUUUCCCUGUGAAUACAUCCCCCAGACAAGAGAGGGAGGAGGCGUUUGAAAUGUCAGGAUGGCAUCAGAACAGAGAUAUCCAGUAGGCAUGAGAAGCUGCACAGGGGGUCUCCACUAAAAACGAAGGGCUUGGGAAUCCUCCCUGGAAGGACGGUAGGCAGAGACAGGGAAGUGGGUGAGGUCACCCAGGAGGAGCAUGUGGAGAAGAGAAGUACAUCUAGAACAGACCCAGCAGAAAGUCAUCACACAUGGCUCAGUGGAGAUCAUGCGUCUGUUUCUGAUCAGGCAGCGUUUUGUAUAAUCUAGAAAUAUUUAUUAAACUAUAAGAGAUCAAAGAAAGUAUAUUAAUAGGGCUGAACUCUUAAAAGCAUUUUUUUUUUUUAAGUUUCAAAAAAAGUCUUUGCUUUCCCUUUUCUGCCAACUUUAGAGUUUUCUUUCCAUGAUCAGUUAGGAUUUUUGACUCUUCCAAAAAGCAUACCAUUCAUUGUGUUCACAAAACCAUAAAUGCCACUUUUAAUGAUCAGACAUUGGGAGAAAAAAAACAAAUGCUUUCAAAACAAUCUACUGGUACCUCUGCUUUGAAAUAUUUGGGGAAGACUAAAAAUACUUAUUUUCUACAUUUUAGUCUUUAUAAAUGAAAUCAAAUGAUUCGCAAGAAUAUUAUUUUCAUGGCUAUUACGUGUAACUACAGUCCUUUCCAAAUGAUUGUUACGGUGCAAUGGAGUCUUUCUAGAGGGCUGAGCAUGGCAGCUCACACCUAUAAUCCUAGCACUUUGGGAGGCUGAGAGGAUAGCCUGAGCUCAGGAAUUCAAGACCACCCUGGGCAACAUAGCAAGACCCCAUUUCUACAAACAAUAGAAAAAUUAGUUGGGCUUGGUGGUGCACACUUCUGGCCCCAGCUACUUGGGAUGCCGAGGUGGGAGGAUUGCUUGAACUCAGGAUGUGGAGGCUGUGAGCCAUGAUCACACCACUGCACUCCAGCCUGGGUGACAGAGCAAGACCCUGUCUCAAAGAAAAAAAAAGAAAAAAGAAAAACCUUCAUAGAGAAUCUCUGUUGACAUAGUAAUCUCAAUUCUUAUUCUUCCUAGGUUUUCAUAUAAAUUAUUAUAACUGUUUUAAUUUCCCAUGCUUCUAACUUGUUGAUGACAAGUUUUGAAACUGUCAUUUCAAAUAUUUAGCGAUAUAGGUGCAGACAAGUUUCAUCCCUUAGAUUACAGCUUGACACAUAAUUAGCGUGAUUUGCAUUAGCAUAAUCAUGAAGGAAAUAAGUUAUAUUCUAACAAUAAUGGAAUCACUUUCAUGGCAACAAGUCUCAGAACAUGCAUGUACAGAUGUCUUGAGGUUUUUUCUUUUUUUUUAAAGAGCAGAACAGUGCUUAAAAAAAAAAAACUAUUGUCAAAUUCUGACAGCUGCUAUGACUUGUUUUAUUCUUUAAUUCUUUCCUUUUUAAUGGAAGGGCAUCUCCCAUUCAUGGCUCCAGCAGUUUCGCCUCCUCUAAAUGAGACAGAGAAAUGCGAACCUCCCUGGUGGUCGAUCUUUUCACAGCUGCGCUGCAAUUCCAGUGUGACAUCAAAUUAGUAAUUAUAGCUGAGCGGGCUGCUUUUUACAAAUGACAGUCUUAGCAUGCUGCCUGCUAGCGAGCGACUCAGCAGGGGACCUGGGAAGUAAAAGAAAACAUAACUGGACUCACUUGAUUUCUGGGGGAUUUGACCUGACUCUUUAAAAAGCCCAUGUUCUUGAGAGAGAGAGUCCUGGGGAUUUACACAGAUAUGCAUUUGGUUCACCAUCCUGCACAGUUCUUCUCAAAACUCACGUCUGAUUUUAUUAGGUAUAGUAAAGCAUGUGUAAUGGAGAUGUAGGGUCACAGUAAGAAGAUUCCUUUCAGCCUACAGCCUUCUCCCUGAAACCCAUUUGAAAGAAAACAGCUGCCCUGCAAUUGGCAUUUGUGUAACUAUAUUGGCAAUAAUCAUUGUUGACACUUUGAUAAUGGGCUACAAAAAGCCGCCUUGUCGAUUCUCAGGCACUAUGAAUUGCACCAGCAAUUAAGUGACUGUCACCGUCUCCGACAUUUUACCUAUUACGAACUGAGGGUUCGAGAGGAUUAAUCAUUAAUACCCUUACAUCUAAAAAUGCUUUUCUACCCCAGUUUUCAGCAUUUCUUUUGUGGUCUUUAAAUUGUAACAAAUUAUAAUUAAUUACUACCUCUAUCUGGUCAUCUGGGCUGCCGUUGAAUCGAGGUGGCCAGGGUGGCAGGCUCCCCAAACAUGACACAAAAGCACAGCAGUAUGUCCUUCUGGAAAUCUUUCUUUGCCGCUCAGCUAAGAAGUGCCUCCUUUUCCACUGUGAGCAGAUCAUCAGUUAAAGGGGGUUGUCAAGCUUUUUAGGCCCUCAGUUCAGCUAAUGCUUUAACCUCCUUCUGUAAAAUUCCUUUUCUCCUGAGAUGGAAUCAUUCUCCAUUGCCAGCCAGUGUUAGUUAGGGACACCAAUUCUACCCGAAGUGCAGAGGGAAGUUUCCCAUUAGAGCAGAAGCAGGGCUUCUUUCUCAGACCCUAAAGGCAGAACCAGUAACAUCUACCUUCUGGACCAGAGAUGUUUUAUGAAAGAGAGAUUUGGGGGAAGGACUCCCAACAGAGGGUUAGGGGAUCUGAGUCCCAGCCCUGGGGGUACAGGGUGGCAUUAAUGGGGUUUGAGUAUAGGUCAUUUGACUUUGCCCCCGUUUGUAAAAUUAAAGGAUUUGCUUGCAUCAUUGGUCCUCAUGCUUUAGUGUUGGUGAGAAUCUCUUGUUUCCAAUGAAGCUUUCCUGGACCUUGCUCCAGAGAUGUGGUUCAGUGGUCAGCCCCCCUUGGAGAAGUUCUGGCCCUGGCCAUCACUAAAAUCUUCUCUGUUCUAGAUAUAGACUAAGGUGAUUGAUAUGAUUGAUGGGGAAAAAAAGUUCUCUUUAGCAGAUAGAGAUAAGAACCCCGUAUGUAAACCAUGAAGGGAAUUCUGGGAAUUAAGUUUUAAAGCUUCAUUUAGAAUUUUUUCUAACUGAGCAGCAUGGCACAUGACAAAGAGAGAUCACAUGCAGUGACUCUUGUGAGCACCUUCCAGAUUUUCACUCAGAUGACAGCAUUCAAGUCCUCAAGGCUUUGUGACUUAAUGGUGCUGCAUUCGUUCUCAGUUGCCUCAGAUUAAUUUUUAUCUCACUGUAAUGAAAUCAACUCGGAGUAUCACAAGCACACAUGGAACAGUGCUGUCAGGUAGAGGAAUGUUUUUAAGCUAACAACUCUGAGUUGGUUCUAGAAAAAGUUGGGGUGGAGAGAAGACUUCUAAAAUUAAUAUGUGGUCUGAAUUUAAGCCAAGCUGCUACAGAUGUAUAAUCAUUGAAAUAAAUCGUGAUCUUUAAUAGGUUAGUAUUAAACCAGAAAUCUACAGGAGUUAGCAAACACCUUGAGUGUUCAGCCCUUGACAUUUCUUAGAUUAUCGCCAUAGAUAUCUGCACACCAUAAUCUUCUCUUCCGGCUGGAACAAAUCCAUUCUGUAGGCCCUGUGUGCAGUUCAGCUGUCAUAUCCAAGUUUGUGGAGGAACAACAAAUUGUCACCUUUCACAUCACCACAGAGCUGUGGUCAUAAAAUAUGACAGUAUAAAAAAAGGAGUAAAUCACACUUUUUACAUACUAGCUUGAGGGAACAUUGCCGACACCUAGGUCUUACCAGUCCUAAGAUAGCGCUUCUCCAGUUUUGCUCUGCUUAAUUACAGCACCGUUUCACAAGUUUGCUGAGGUAUGUUCUCUUUCCACAUUCAUACAUAAAUAGAUUCAAAAUAAAAAUUAGGAAAUGUUCGCAUCUGGAUGCUGGUCACAGAUGUGCACGUAUGUUUUAUUUGUGCAAAACCCCCCCUUUUCUGUGCUACUUCCGUAUGAAUGUUAGCCGUAUUUACUUAUUUGCCUUUUCAUGUAUCAAAUUUGUGGCUUAGAUGUUCCGAGAAGCAGAACUGAUAUCGUUAUAAAUCCCUGGCAUGUCCUAUUACCCCAGAAUUGAUAACGCUUAUAUGGUGUUAUUCCAUCAAUUAUUUUUAUCAUCGCUGCAGCGUAAAGAUCACCUAAAAUACCUUCCCUUAUAGAAAUACUUGUGAAUUAUAUUUUCAGCUCCAUAGACUGAUUUCUAUGAAGAUUUUUGCAGGCACAGCCAAAGGGAUGUUAAUUUUGCAAGUUUAUUUUCAUUUGGGUGAGCUUGGAAUAACAAGUAAAUCAGGAACACAAGCAGUUCCUAACAUAAAACAAUUGCUACAUAUUUUUUAUGUUGAGCAUUCAGCUUUGGGUGUCACAGUAAGAGUGCAUCAAAAGGACACUCGGCAGCAGUCUUUGACAUUGAGGCUUACAAUUAGACUUAAAAAAAAUAGUUUGCCAAAUGAGCGUAUCGAGCAAAAAUCCAUUUCAUUCCGAAAUAAAGUCCAUUAAUCACAGUCCUAUGGUAGGUAUUGUCCUUUGCAUUAAAAUCUAGUGCCAGCAUCCUGUUUAGAUUCAACACUCAAGUGUGACUGGGUGCAUUUCGUCUUCCCAGAGUAAGGUUUCCAUCCAGAAUGAAAUAAAAACUUGGCUCUGUAUUUUAAAGAUUUGGCUCUUAGCAUUUUAAGUGCAUGUAUUUUUUUAUUUCCAGUUAUUAAUGGCCAUUUACCCUUACAGUUGGCGCUUUUUGUGUAAAGUUUAUAAUGAUCGUUAAAAAUCCAAUGAUAUUUUAGUUCGAAUUGUGUCUGUUUAAAGUUAUUUUUCAAACUGUAGUUUGAAAUUUUUUGAUUUUAAAAACAAAAAAUUUGUGUCAUCCAGAAGAUAGAUUUUAAAAAAAAAAAAAACCUCACUAAAAUAUUCAUAUAACUUCUGGCUUUACUAAACCUUAAAAUAUCCAAUAUUGCUAAACUCCAUAUGAAUGACAGCAGUUAUACAUCGUUUCACAGAACCUAAUGAAAUAAGUACAAUAUACAGAUACAAAUCAGUUAAUUCCCACUUGAAACAAAACAUUUAACUCCUUUUGGUAAACACAUUUAUUGUUUUGGUUUUGGUUUCAUUUUCAGAGAUUCUGCAAAAGUUCUUAGUCAUUUGGAAGUUUUAAGCAUAAAAGUACUAAAUAAAUACUUGGGAAGUUUUUAGGUGUUGCUUUUUAGCUGCUUUUUACCAGUUCUUCUGGGAAGCAAACUGCUGCGUCUGCUUUGCUCUUGUGGAAUUUUGUAAUUUCUGUACCCCAAGUCUGCUAAAGGGAGGCAUGUGCUUAGAAAUUCUAAAAAUGAGGGCUCUAAACUUUGUAACUGUCCUGAUAGGUUUUCCCUUUUUUAAUUCCAACCCACUGGCCAAAUCUGUCCUUAGAGAUCAUUGAUAUCUUUUGUUGAACCCUAGGGAAUAAGUAAUUCUGUUUAGACGCUUUUUUAUAUGCUAAAAGCCUUACGCAUCUGUUGGUUAUCUUCAGGCUCUGACAGCUGAGUGUGCAUCUCAGUUCUCACGUUCAUGUUCAUUUGCGUCUUAAUGACACACAAACUAUUUUUGACCAUGAUCUGUAUUGUCACACAGUGUGUUUUUUGCUGUUGACUUAAGUAGACUUAAGUAGACUUGCUGAGGACUGUGAUUCUGUGCUUUAAAAGAAGCCAAAAACUUUUCAAAAUGAAGGAGACAUGUCUGUAAUAAAUGUAUUAUAUAUAUACAUAUGUUUAUAAUAAAUUUUCUUUUUACAGCUCAUAGCAAGUUAAAUGUUCCCAGUGAGUUCACUGCUCCCUAGGAAAGAGUUCACUGUUCCCUAGUAUUUUGGUUAUAUUUUCUGGCUACUAAGAUUUCAGCUUGUGGAUUUUUGCUUUAGGUCAGCAAAAUAGCAUUCACUAAAUUACCCACUAUUAUAAUGUCUUCACUGAGAAGAACUAACCCAUGGAAAAUUAAGGUAAGACAAAAGUCAACAAAUUUCUAUCUUUGGCCAGAUACGUAAAAUCAUUACAUUUAUUCCAUACAUUGAAUAAAUAUCAUAAAUUUCAGAUUCUUUAUUACUCCAGGAACUUAACUAGUCCAAUUUUUAUUAUAAGAUAGGAACAUGUUACUCUCAUUUAUGUUUCAGUUUAAAAAAAAAGUCUUUUCAGUGAGGUUUCCUGUUAGGGUUAGCUUUUGCUGGUAAUCGCAGAGGUUUUUCUAGCCAGGCUAAUUCACAAUGGAGCUUUGCAAAACAGAGUGAGGAACUAGAGCCACCAAGCAGGGAGGUCAGAGCCUCGGGCCGUGUCACCUUUGACGCAUCCUGUCUUGUGUACCCUGCGUUCCCUGUGUGUCCUGUGCAGUGAAAUGAAAUACUCACUCUGCGCUCAUGUAUCGUAGGUUUGUGUGCAGUAACAAAAGUGUCUUCCAAAUUUGAGGGCAGUAUGUAGAGAAUUCAUGUGACAUGUUUCUGACUAGCAGAUAAAACCUAAAAACAAAGGAAAUUUUAAACAUCAUUUAGAUCAAGCUUGUCCAACCCACGGCUCACUGACUGCAUGUACCCCAGGAUGGUUUUGAAUGUGGUCCAAUACAAAUCCGUAAACUUUCUUAAAAUGUAAUGAGAUUUUUUUGUGAUUUUUCUUUUUUCUUUUUUUUUUUUUAGCGCAUCAGCUAUUGUUAGUGGUCAGUGAUUUUAUGGUGCCACCCAGGGACGCCGCACUGGAAUUGGCCACAUGGGAUUGGACACCCUGGUUUAGAUUCCUGACAUGCUAAAUUGUCAGUUUUUUAAAUCAUUCAGGUAUCAACGAGAAGAUAUCCUAGGUUUAAAGACCCUAGUUUAUUAGAAAGUCGGGAAAGAAGAAACAAAUAUAUAGUCAGUUAUUGCCAGGCACUCUGUGCUUUGUGUCAUUUGAUUCACAUGCUAACCCUGUUACACAGGUGCAGUGUUAACUAAUUUCCCAUUAUAUAAAUAAGGAAACUGAGGUUUGCGCAGAUUAAGCAACUGGCCCACAACAUCACAGCUAGUAUUAGAAUGUUAAACAUGUCAAUACAUUUUUUAAAAGAAAAAUCUUCUUCUGGAUUGAUCAGCGAUGAGUUUUUUCUAGAUCCAUAAACCAUACUUGAGAACAUGUAUAGCAAAUAACAAUGUUUGUAUGUAACACACUGUGACAGGCACCGUUUGAGGCCUUUUUACAUGUGUGAACUCAUAUAGUCCUCACAACCCUAUGUUUGUGAAUCCCCCUUGAGGAUGGAAAACCAAGUCACAGAGAGGUUAGGUAACUUGCUCAGAGUCACACAGCUAAUAAUUGGAGUUGCGGAGCUACAACCCAGGCAGCCUGGAUCCCAUGUGUUCUCAUAACCAUGGGCUCAAUCUGUCUCCUUCAUGGAAACCUGGGUCAUGCCGAAUCUACCUGGGGUUGGGCAUCACCCCACAGGACAGCAAAGGGCUCAUUUUAUCAGAACUGGAAGCAGGACAGCCAGGCUGCAGGGGGCACAGCGUCCUUCUUCUGAUGCCUGUGGCUGUGUUUGUGCAUUUACCCAUCACAGUAGUGGAGAUGAAUGCGACUUGGAAUCCAACCCACCGCAGCAGAUGACCUCAUGCAGGAGAGAAAACAGCCCUGCCUAUGCUGGCCUGGCUCUGCCUUGGGCUGUAUUUACUCAUGGUGCCGCAGCUGGCCAGGGCCUUGGAGCAGCUCUUGGAGCAGUCCCAGCUCAGGGCUGGGCACACGGAGGAGGACGGGGUGGGGAAGAGUAGUUCCCUUCCUUAUCGUCAUCCUCAGUGUCCCCACCCAGCAAGAAACGAGGGUCAUACAGCAGUCACCCCGCCUCACUUAGAGGCUCUGAUCUCCACAAAACUGGCCAGAGCUGAAUUCAGAGCAAAUAAAGGCUCAGCCUGUCACCACUUCAGAAAGGCUGCUGACCGCUGGCUGGAAACCAGCCUCGGAGAGUCCACAACCAAGAAGCAUUUCUGAGCUGCCUUUAGUUAGCUCUAGGGGUUUCCUCCGCCUUCUGGCUGUUUCUGCACUGAGCUAGAAAAGAUAUCAAAGACACUCGUUAAAGAACCAGACCCAGUGACUACAAACUUUAAGGGCAAAUAAUCCCGUGUUUAAAAGCAAAGGGUAUAAUCUGUUGCUGCAUUAAGCUGUUGCUGCCCACAGUUAAUUUUCUGCUGCUCUGUAGACGUCAUCUUGGUAGGCAGUUUUACACCAAGAGUUUAUUAAGUUCAUUAAAUCAUAGCAUAAUAGUUUUCCACAUUUAAAAAAAGGUGUUUCUAACAUAAGCACUGCUCAUUAUCAGAGAGAUAUAUUGAAAUUUAUUUUUAAAAGCUAAGCAAUAAGAUUUUCUUGAUAGUGAAUCGUUGUCAGGUGACUUAAGCUUUGUCUUUUUUUUUUUUUUUUUUUCCAAGAUAGGGUCUUACUGUGUCACCCAGGCUGGAGUGCAGUAGUGCAAUCAUGGCUCUCUGAAACCUUGACUUCCCAGGCUCAGGUGAUCCUCCUACCUCAGCCUCCCAAGUAGCUGAGAUGACAGGCAUACAGCAUGCCUGUGUGAUAUGUUUUAUUAUUUUUUUUGUAGAGAUGGAGUCUCACUUUGUUGACCAGACUGGUCUGAAACUUCUGGGCUCCAGUAAUCCUCCUGUCUUGGACUCCCAAAGUGCCGAGAUUGCAGGCGUAAGCCCACGCCCAGCCUAUCUUGUUCUUAGUAGAAACAAGAACAGUUAAGUUUUUGUUUAAAAAAAAAAGUCUCCCAACCUGUAAUACCCGUUUUAAAUCUGUGCUUUAUUAAAUGCUCAGUGAGGACGAUGAUGGCGGUGGUGAUUACAAGCACCACUCACUAUUUGAAUCUGUCACGUGGUUUCUGGUUAAGUUCCCAGCACAUCUCUACCUUAGCAGAAUGAUUAAGGUUCCCAUCUCAGCUCAUCACUCACCAAACUUUGAGACCUUAAUCUGUUUCCUUGAAUGCAAAACGUGGAUAAGAAUGAUAGUUAAGGUUGUUGCAAAGACUAAAGGUAGAUGAUAGAGGCGAAUGAAAUGACUCAUGCAAAGCACUGAGCAGGGUAUCUAAGGCUGCUGCGAGUGGCAGUGGCAGUAUUUUCCCCCUUCUGCAUCUAUGGAUACAGGCUGGAGAUGUCCAGGAACCUGGCCCCUGGUCCCUGACAAGUAAGGGGUGGAACCAGGUUUGCAACCUCAGGAUUCAUGACUCCAAAACCUUCAUGCCCUGCACACACUGUCUUGCGGUAAGCGUUUGCGAGGUGGGUAUCUAUAGACCAGUGUUAGAUUCCGUGCUUGCAGCUGCCCUGCCAGGACCCGCCUUCGCCUCUUGAUCCUUUCAAUAAGCCCUUAAGUCUUUUAAGCAAUCAGGGUGCCCUUUUCUGAACUUGAUCCAAUCUAAAUAUGUCCCUAGUACCUGUGAAAUUCACAAGUCAGCUUAGUCAUAGAGUACAGAGUGUCCAGAGUUUUAUGAGGUAGGAUUAUACUUUCCCUGUCACAUGAGGUAAUUCUGCUGGGGUGAACCUGAAGUGGCAUUCAUCUUCAUUAAUGUGACUUGUGUUACAAACACACAUCCAGCGUGUAAUUUACGGCCUUGUCUGGGAUCUGUCAUCUCUGCCUUCAGGUUUCUCACAUUUAUAUAAAACCCGAAAAAACACCCUCUCCCCUUCUUUUCUUACAUGUAUAAAAUGAGUUGUGGAAUUGAAGCAGAUGUCUUAAUCCUUAACACCCACACCCACACACCUCCCAUCGCCAACACAUAAUGACACAGAAAUGCCCAACGUGUCUGCCUAGAAAAUUAUGAUCCUUCUUGGUCUCUCCUGUUUUUGUGUGUAGAUCUGGCUUGAACCCUUUUUUCUAACAUGCUUCCAAUUUUCUAUUUUGGCCAGUGUUUAUCUUCUCACUGCCCUCUGAGUGAGUUUUGUUGACUUCAGAACCUCGAGUUUCAUUCUUGGUGAAAUUGCAUUAUGUUUACCAUUCUAAUAGGAGAGAAACCUUUUAAUCUAGUGUGAUGAUCUCCAACACUUAACAUUAGCGUGGUGUCUUCACAUUCAAGGUGUGUGGGAGUUGGGGGAUGCAUGUAUUGUACUAUUUUAAAAUAAUUAUUGACAGGUUUAGGGGGUUAGUCUAGCAGGCCUAUCCUACAGUUUUUAUGAAGAAUGGCAUUGCAUUUUCCUUUCUUAAAGAUUCAAUAACUCAGCAUAAAAGUGUUAGAAAUUUUAUCAGUCUCCCCGGAACCUUAGUAUUUACCUUUACAUCUUACAUAUACAUCCUGCUUUAUUUUCUACCCGCUUGCUUUCAGAUGUUUCUCCCAUGCGAGAUUACAGACUCCUUUACGGUAGAAAUCGUGACCUGUUCAUAUUUGCAUCUCUGUACUUGACUCACUACCUGCCUAUCGAGUUGAAGCUUGACAUUUCUGAGCUUUGCUGUACCUGCUUUUUAAGAAUAAUUUUAUUUGGCUUGUAAAGAUUGGUUAUGUCCAAUUUAAAGUUGCAAAACUGUUUAGAUUUUUUCAAAGUUAGUAGCCAAAGGGACGAAUUUAGAAAUGCGUAAUUUAUGUACAUAUGUGGGUGUACAUAGAUGUGACUAUAUUUACAUGUAUGUCCAUACUUCAUAGGUAAGAGGGGAAGCGAGCAGUUCGAGCAUGUGAGAGAUUCAGGAGAUGGACCCAGGGAGUUUUCCUGUAUUGCUGAGUGAGGAGGGAAGAUGAACAGCAUGGGAGCCAGGAAGGACAGCAUGUGGUUUCCUUGGCUUGUUUUGUUUUCAUUUGGUUCACACUUAGGGAAAAGAGGACCAUUCCAGGUUCAUCAGCAUACAGAGAAAGGCAGUAGGCGACAUGGGAUUUCUUUCCACUGAAGUAAAUAAGCCAUGGUUAGCUGAAAGAGAUGGGAGAUUUAUUUUGAGCUUGUACUGAAUGCAGGUUGCACAACGUUUAAUCUACACUGUUUUGAAACUAUUGCCUAUAUAUAUUAUGCUGUUUGCUGCAGUACAAGCUGCAGUGUGUUCUGCUCAUGACCUCUUUUUGAUAGUCACCCAUUGCUUUGUGCUGGUUGGUGUAAGUGCGGUUUACUUGUUAGCUCACCCUCUUCUUCGGUUGUAAAAGGUAGACCUCUCAUUUUAAUACGUUUAUGUUAAGACAGGCCUUUUUCCUUUGGUAUUGUCCAAAUGAGAAGAGAAGUUCCUUCUUGGCUGAGUGGUGAACAGGAAAGCUUGGAAGGGCAGAUGGCUAACCUCGGGCCGCAUGUUCUCCCUGGUGCAGAAAGUAGAUAUGAUUACGGAUGGGGCAUGUGUGAGACAAGAUAACAUGUUAUUUCUAAUGUCAGCCCAGCAACGGCUACCCAAAAGUGGGAGGAAGGAUGGAGUUGGGUUGUACCAGUAAGAAAAUUGAGGGUUCCUGAGAAAAUAGUCCAAGAACACAAAUUCCAUACUCAGAAGACUUCUUGUAAGAAAAGGAAUCUAAGAAAGCAGUCACAUUCAUUCCUCUGAAAAACAUGAAAUGUGUUACAAAAAGCCUUACAAUGUGGAGUCUGUCUGACCCCCACCUCACUGCUACUGGGAAUGCUUCCAGAGGCUGCAGCUCAAUGGUGCCCCCCGGUGGUAUUCAAGCCUUCUAUUUUAUUGUUUGGGUAAGACCCCUGUGGAGGUGAUGGCGGGUGGCAAACUUCAGUGUCCAGGGUUGGAAGCUGUAUAUGGUUUUUUAUAUUUUAUUCAAGCCUCAUUAUUCUUUUUCUCAUUUG